AUGAUAAAAAGGUCAGGUAUUGCCAAGAGGGAUGUAGCAAGAACUGUCACCAUCUGCCUCCCAGUGUCUUAUCCUGCUAGUCGUCCUCACGUUUGGUUGGGUUGUCCUAACGAUCAUGUCAUCAAGGAAGAUCUAGUAAGUAUUGCUCCUAAUGGUCUCAUCUUUUUCACUUAUCUCCGGAGACGAAAUCCGAUCUCGUUGGACUUGUCUCGCAUCUCAGCGCCGAAUUCACUUGUCUUGAUCGCCGCUAAAGAGCUUGAUUUCUGUGAAGGCUUCUUCUCUGCGAUCGGGUAUUCGGUCUGGUAUAUUCCUCUCGGUUUUGAGUAG